AUCAUCGAGAAGCGCCGCCGCGAUCGCAUCAACAACAGCCUGUCCGAGCUGAGGAGGCUGGUGCCCAGCGCCUUUGAGAAGCAGGGAUCAGCCAAGCUGGAAAAAGCAGAGAUUCUGCAGAUGACUGUCGAUCAUCUGAAAAUGCUGCAUACAGCGGGAGGGAAAGGUUAUUUUGAUGCUCAUGCUUUGGCUAUGGACUAUCGGAGUCUAGGGUUUCGAGAGUGCCUGGCCGAAGUUGCUCGAUACCUUAGUAUUAUAGAGGGUCUGGACGCUUCCGAUCCUCUGCGAGUCCGACUUGUGUCUCAUCUCAAUAACUACGCCUCUCAACGGGAAGCAGCAAGUAGUGCGCACACUGGCAUUGGACACAUUCCUUGGGGCAGUGCCUUUGGACAUCACCCUCACAUAUCUCACCCGUUGCUGCUGGCUCAAAACGGGCACGGUAACACCAGUACUACAGCGUCUCCCACGGAACCACAUCACCAGACCAGAAUUGCCGCCCCACAUGCUGAAACUUCCUCACUCAGAGUGCCCCCAAAUGGCAGCGUUGGACCAGUGCUCCCCGUGGUCACAUCUACUACCAAACUGUCUCCUCCUCUUCUCUCCUCCAUGGCAUCUCUCUCUGCGUUCCCCUUCUCGUUUGGCUCCUUCCAUCUGCUGUCCCCCAACGUGCUGAGCCCGUCUGUACCAACGCAGUCAGCAACCCUUGGCAAACCAUACAGACCCUGGGGGACUGAGAUUGGAGCCUUCUAAGAACUAACUCUUUAGUAAGGGUGGGGAAGCCUACAAACCUAGCUGAGCUGGGUUAUGCCAUGCUUAAAGUUGAAGUUCUUAAUAACUGGGACAAAGGUACAGCUUCACCUUAACUGAGUUUGCCUAUAAACUGUCUCUCUGGAUUUUUCUUUUUGUUUUCUACAUUUUUUAUUAGCAAUUUUUUUUUAAAAAAAAUAGUUGCUGAAAUUGUCCAAAAAUAAAAUUACAAUAGUGGUUGUUAACACUUGUGGUAGAUCUGCAUUGCGCAUUUAAAUCACUUUUGUAAAGAGUUUGUUUCAGAUGUUUUGUUUUUCCCGAGUACGUCAGACCGCCUUUUUAUGAAGAGAGAUCACCUAUUAUUGUUAGCAAUGGCCUAGGUUAGUUAUUAAUUUUUCCAAGACCGCUCUACUCAGCAUUAACAAGCGAUGUUUUUGUUAGUAUUUUGACAUUGAGAUGCUCUAUAAAGAAUUACUCUUUUUGUAAACUA